CAGGAGUCUCUUCCCUUCAACACAGGCCAGCUUGCUAUAUCCAGUAAGAAGAAUUAAGGAAAGUGAACUUCAAGAAUAUAAGUAUGAAAAAAGUAUGGGAGCAAAUGGUGGCUAAGUAACCAAUCAUCUCCCCACAGAGAGACAAAGUUGGACUGCUAGUUGUUCACCAAGGUACAUUCACAGAGCUGGGGUAAUCAGGUUCACCAGUGGAGGGCUUUUGAGCAUGGUUCCAAACACAACAACUUUGGGGACAGAAGUCACAACAAUGAAAGGAAAAAAUGGAAGCCUUCCUGGAACUUUCAAUGAAAAGGACCUGGUCCCAAACGUGGUGAUCAUCAUCUCUGCACUGGCUGGACUCACAGGAAAUUCAGUCGUGCUCUGGCUCCUGGGUUUCCGCAUGCACAGGAAGGCCUUCUCCAUCUACAUCCUCAACCUGGCUGCAGCCGACAUCCUCUUCCUCUGCUGCCAUAUUAUAGACUCCUUGCUGGUACUCGUCAAAUUUUCCCAUCCAGAGGUUUUCUUCCUGCCCUUCUAUAAGACCGUGAUGAUGUUUCCCUACAUCACAGGCCUGAGCAUGCUGAGUGCCAUCAGCACUGAGCGCUGCCUGUCUGUCCUGUGUCCCAUCUGGUACCGUUACCGCCGCCAUAAACACACAUCAGUCACUGUGUGUGCCCUGCUCUGGGCCAUGUCCCUGCUGAUAUGCAUUCUGAACAAGGUUUAUUGUGGUAUUACAGAUGUCCGUUUUAAGGAUGCCAAGUGUCUGAAAGCUAAUUUUUCCACUGCUGCGUGCCUGGCUGUUUUAGUUUUGAUUCUCUCAGGGUCCAGCCUGGCCCUGCUGGUCAGAUUCUUGUGUGGCCCCCGGCAGAUGCAGCUGACCAGAUUGUAUGUGACCAUCCUGCUCACGGUGCUGGUCUUCCUCCUCUGUGGCCUGCCCUUGGGCAUCUACUGGUUCGUGUUAAUCUGGACUCAUGAUAAUUUUAGUGAGAAUUUGCAUUAUGGUCUUUACCUGGCCUCAGUUGUCCUGUCCUCUGUGAACAGCUGCGCCAACCCCAUCAUUUACUUCUUUGUUGGUGCCUUCAGGAGGCAGCUGAAGAAGCAGACCCUGAAGCUGCUUCUGCAGAGGGCUCUGCAGGACACCCCUGAGGAGGAUGAAAAUGGAGGCCGUGUUCCUCAGGGAACCCUGGAGAUGUCCCUAAGCAGAGAAGAGUGGUGAUGAAGAGCCCUUGCCCUGGCUGGAUGGGGCUCUGCAAGUACCCCCCUGCCGCUCUUGACAGUUGUCUCUGCUUCUCCCAGCCUCUGGUCUCUGAGAUGCCUUGAUGAUUCCUCAGUGUCUUUAAAAAGACAUUUUCUGGUUUUUGUGACCAAAAAGGCAUUACCUUGAAAGUAGACCAUGUUCAUCUUUUUUAAUAUUAGCAAUAAACUUCUCAUGUGAACUUUCUCUGAGUCAGAUGGUAUCUCUCUGCAGUUGUUCUUGCAGUGGAAAGAAUCCCUGUCCAAAAUCAUAACUGUCUUGUUUGUGAUUCUUUCCUACCCGGAAAUACAGAAAAAGAAAGCAUUGGAUGGUUUCCCAUGAAACAUCUUCAUGGGAUGCCAUCCUCAGCAAAUAUUUUACAUUCGUGGAAUCAUAAGGCUCAUUAUGCUCCAUCUUGUAGCAGUCCACAGCUUAUACUCUGACAUUAAACAGAUAUACAAUUCAUAAAAAUAUUUUCCAAGGAGAGCCCCUGCAAGGACUAAGCCUGUGCUGUGCCGCUAGCCUGUGGGCCCACAGAGACAUCCCUUGCCUCCAGCCACCUUAUCUCAGCAACCAGAAAUCUUGAGAUAACUAGGGAUGCAGUAAGUGCUGGGUUGGAAAGAACGUUUGACCUGGAGUCAAGCAACCUGUAUUCUCAAGCAGACUCCCUGACUACCUUGAUCACUCUCCCUCUCCAGGGCAAUGAGGUUAUGGAAUCGCAUCAGUCUGACUUAUCCAUAUGAAGUGUAGAAUCUGUUUUCAGGAUGAGGCUGCAGAAUUUGACUUUACCAUAAACAUGAACUGAAUGUAGCUAUCAUACUGAUUAAGAACACUCAAAAGUUCGUGUGUCUGCAUUGUAACUAUCAUCACCGUGAAUAAUCUUUGUGCUUAUUUGGCAGCCACCUUGAAUUUGGAAAGGGUGAUGCAGUGCUCUUUCUACAUGUUGGUAGGGUAGACAUUGGGUACCAAUGUUGUCAAUAUACCAUUGCUGGCUAUAAAAACAGAGAAGAUUUGGUUUCUGUGCCUCAGGAACUUAUAGCAGCAAUGGAAGAAGUGAUGUCCUUAUAUACACCUUGCACACUGGUCCAGUUGGCUUUGCCUUCUUCUCUUCUUCACAACACAAAGAGGUGGAGAAGAAAGAGGGAGAAGACUUCAUUAGUAAGUGUAUAUCUGGAGAUUAAAUAAGUCAAGGAGGACUUACUGAAAUGCUUGAAAUUUAAACCAAUGACACUACAAUUUUAUUGACCAUACCUAUUUUUUGUGGUAUGCAUCCAAAGAUAAACAGAAUUCAGAGUGUCAUUGUUAAUAAAAAGUUAAGGUUCUUUAGGUACUGGUUAUAAGGAGACCAAAAUGUUUCAUUCUGUGUACCUCACCUAUUUGGUCAUGGUAAUAAGGUCCCUCUGACACUGGAGUGCUGUGAGUAAAAAGCAAUAUCCCUCAUUACCUUGAAGUGGGUAGCGAUUAGCUUAAGGUUUGCAAAAUUAGUUGAAGUCAACCCCAAAAUACUGUCACAUCAGAAAGAACCAGCAAGAUCAGCCCAUAACAAGCCAAAAGGGCAACAUGCUGCUAUGUUGACCCUCUUUCCAAGGUUAUGUCCAACUCUACUGAGCCAGAAGCUGCAAAUGAAACUAACAGAGAAUUUUAAAAGGAGAAGUUGGGGAGGUAAUGGGGAGAGAGAGAAGCAAUGAAAUACACUCACUUCUCAGAUGCAGAUAUUUGUUGAGUUUUGUUUUGUUUUUUUAUUUUAUUUUAAAGAGUAAAAAAAGGAUAACAUAA